AAGAUCACUUAAUGAUGAAGUAUGUAGUUGGAAUACAUGGAUAAAUAUACAUUUGAUAGCCUUACUUGAGAAUAAAAAAGAAGAAUGGAAAUUGAAUAAAGCAGAAUUUUUUAAUAUUUGUUUAGAAGAGAUCCAAAAAGAUGGAGAAAAUUCUAAUUUAAAAGAAAUGCGAAAUCAUUUAGUAAUGAAAAUAAAAGAAGAAAAUAGUACCCAUGCUACAGAUAAAUAUAGUAGUAUAUUAGAUAAAUAUAAAAAUGAAGAGUGGUUUAUUAAUUUGAAGAAAGAAUGGAAACAAGAACAAGAAAAACACUUAGAAUAUUUAGAAGAACAUGAAAUUAAAAAAAUGACAGAAUUGGGAUUAAAUAAUAUUAUUCUAGAUAAAAAAAAAAAAAUAUGGAAGAAAUGGAUAGAAUGGCAAAUAGAGCAUUCAUACAAAUACAAAAAUCAGAAUUGGUUUAUAAAAUUGUUAGAAGAAUAUGAAAAAGAAGAAAUUAAUGAAAAUUUAAAGGAAGAAAAUAUAGAGAAAGAAAGAAAUAAUGGAAUAGAUAAAUGUGAAAUAAAGAAAAUUUUGGAAAGGAAAAUUUUCUUAGAUAUUCAUAUGAUGGUAUUAGAGGAAUGUAUGAAAGAAGAGUUGGAAAAAGAAGAAGAAUUUUAUAAAACAAACAUAAUAGAGAUAAGAAAAUUUAAAAAUUUGGACGAAGAAACAAAUAAAUUAGAAAAAAUAGAGAGAGAAAGAAGUUCGAAUGUUAUAUCAGAGAAAGAAAAAGAGGAAAUAGAAAAAUGGAAAAAAGAAAAAUGGUUUAUUGAGUUAAUGUUAGAAUGGAAAAAUAAUGAAGAAAAAUAUAUGAUGGAGAUAAAUGAAGAAAUUUUAGCAAAAAAGGAUCAAGGAAGAGUAAUUGAUAUUAUCUUAGAAAGACAAGGCAAUAUACGGAAAAAACACUGUGAAAAUAUUUGUAGAAAGUGGAAAGAUGAUGAUAACAAUGAAGAAUGGUUUACAAAGUUAGUGAAUGAAUAUGGAAAUGAAGAGAAAGAAUAUAAAAGUAGAAUUGAUAAAAAUAGUAUAGAAAAUAAAAAAGAAGAUGUAAAAACCAUAGAAAGAGAUGAAUCAGUAACAGAGUUUAAUAAAAAGGGAGAAGAAAAAAUGAGAAAAUAUGAAAGGAAUAGUUUAGAGGAAUCAUAUGAAAAGAGUAAUUCUAAAAUAAACAAAAAAAAAUUAAAAUGGAAGACUUUAAUAGAAAUAUAUAUGGUAAUAUUGGAGGAAUGUAGAAAAGAGGAUUGGUUAUUGAAUAGAGGAAAAUUUUUAGAAACCUGUUUAGAAGAAUUUAUAGAAGAAGAUAAAGAAAAAUAUCCAAAAAAAAUAGAAAAUGAUUUAGAAAUGUUGAGAGAAGGAAAAGAAGACAUUAGUACAUUGAUUAUUGAGAAACAAAAACUUUUAUGGAAAAAAUGGGUAGAAAGAAACAAAAGAAUGUCAGAGAAAUGGAAAAAUGAAGAAUGGUAUAUUAAUUUGAAAAAAGAAUGGGAAAAAGAACAAGAAAAAUGUGAUGAAUUAACAAAAGAAUCAGAAAUAACAGAUAUAGAAGCAGGAAAAAAUCCUAUGCUAGAGAAACAAAAAAGAAUAUGGAAACGAUGGCUAAGAAAACAAAGAAUGUGGUUUAUACUACAUAGCGAGGAUGAAUGGUUUAACAAUUUAUUGGAAGAAUACGAAAAAGAAGAAGAACUUAAGGAAGGAAUAACUAAAAAGGAUGCGAAAGAAGUGAAGAAAAUUCAUGAAAAUAUAGAGGAAUUGAAACAAGAAGGAGAUGAAGAAAUAAAGAAAUAUAAAAAAAAAGAAAAAUUGAUACAAAAAGUUUUGAUAGAAAUACAUAUGACACUAUUAGAAGAAUUUAUGAAAGACGAAUGGCAAAAAGAAAAAGAAUAUUUUUUUAGAACAAUGAUGGAAGAGUUGAAAAUACAAGAAAAUUUAGAUGAACAUGUUAUCAUAUUGGAAAUAAAAAAAAAAAGAAGUAGGAAUGCUAUAUUAGAUAUUGAAAAAGUGGAAAUAGAAAAAUGGAAAAAGAAAAAAUGGUUUAUAGAGUUAAUGUUGGAAAUGAAUAACAAGGAAAAAAAAUACAUAAAAGACAUAUAUGAAGAUAUGAUAGCAAAAAGGAAUGAAGAUGGAAUUAAAAAUCCCAUGUUAGAAAUGCAAAAAAUUAUAUGGAAAAAACACU